AUGCCAAACUGUUUCAAAGAGACAUAUCCUUCAACAAGAGUAAUCAUUGACUGCACUGAGCUUUAUAUUGAGAGGCCAUCUUCACUGAGGUCACAAAAUGCAACAUAUUCAAAUUACAAGCACUAUAACACAGCUAAGGGCCUUCUAGGAAUCAGUCCAGCUGGAGCAGUUUCCUUUGUAUCAGAACUUUAUACAGGGAGGACCAGUGAUAAAAAUGCUACACGCAACAGCCAACUCUAUGGUCUACUUGAGAAAGGUGACUCUGUGAUGGCAGAUAGAGGCUUUGACAUAGAGAGUGACUUACCAGAAGGUGUAGGCCUCUACAUUCCACCAUUUAUGAGGGGAAAAGAGCAUUUGUCUUUGGGAGAGGAGAUAGAGACGAGGCAAAUUGCAUCAGCUCGAAUCCACGUAGAGAGGGCCAUUUCAAGGAUAAAAACAUUUAAAAUUUUAAGCUCAGUUUUUCCUUUAACAAUGGCAUCUCAGUUGAAUGAAAUCUGGGUUAUUUGUGCCUAUCUUACAAACUUCCCUCCUCCUUUAAUCAAUGAAAAUGCAGCAGAUGAUUAA